AUGCUCCGCAUCUUGGAAAUUCGAUGUGACAAAGGCGUGCCUACUUUAGUGCAAGUUCGCUCACACCGCCUCUUUGGGCAAGUAACUGGCAUACAGUCAGUCCAAACACUUGCUUCACAAGUUGAUGGUCGUGAUCGUUUACUAGUUUCGUUCCGGGAUGCCAAACUAGCACUCAUGGAAUGGGACGAUGUUUAUGGUGAUCUCAACUCUAUUUCAAUCCACACCUUUGAGCGAGCGCCACAACUUGUUGACGGACUCCCACCUUCCUUUGUGCCGCGUUUAUUGGUUGAUCCAGCUAGUCGUUGUGCAGCGCUGCUCCUUCCUCAGGAUGCUUUAGCAAUCCUGCCCUUUGUGCAAGAGGCGUCCGAGCUGGGUGCAGAUGACCCUAGGGAUGCCGCGCUCCUCGAUCAGGCCCCGUACGCACCGUCAUUUAUCCUUUCAUUUUCAGAAGAUGUUGAUGCUUCUAUUCGUAAUGUGCGUGAUUGUGUGUUUCUGCCUGGUUUUCAAAAGCCCAUGCUGGCCGUAUUGUAUGAGCCUGAGCUCACAUGGACUGGAAGUCUUUCACGCGCAAGACUAACAACGCGCGUUUGUUUUAUCACACUCGAUCUCACUGUCACGAAAUACCCUGUUACUGUGACAAGCGAGGCACUCCCAUACGAUACAUUGUAUCUUGUGGCAUGUCCGGACUCGCUAGGCGGCGUGCUGGUUGUAACACCCUCAGCGCUCCUGCACCUGGAUCAGACAGCACGUCUUGUUGGAUUAAGUGUGAGCAGGUGGACUGAUUUCACGUCUUCAGAACUGAUGCUUCCCAAUGCGACGGCAACGCUCGGCGAUUGUGACUUGCAGUCAUCUGUUUUGACAUUUACCGAAGCAAAUGGUGGGCUGUUGGUUCUUCGUGACGGGCGCAUGCUGACGUUUCAAUGUGCUUUAGAAGGCCGCACUGUUACAUCCCUUUCAUUGAAUGUUGUGUUAGUCCCAGAACGACAAGGCGGCGCUUCGUUCGUCCAAGCUCUUCCUGAGCGGUUGAUUCUCUGUGCAUCGUUCCAGGACGACACGUAUUUAUAUGCGAUGAAUCUUCUCGAGGCACCAACGGAAAUAGCGGCAUCGACAGGUCCUGAUCAACAAUCCUUAGAACCUGAUGCUGACGUUGAUGCUGAUGCAUUGGACCUCUAUGGGGACUCUUUCAAGCCAGAUGUCGCGACUUCGAAACAAGCACAGCCAGCUGGCUUGGAUGUAUUGGAUGUCCUGCCCACUUUAGGCCCAUUGAAUGAUAUGACAUACGGAGUCGUUCGCAACGCACAUGGAAAAGCACACCCUCAUAUGGUGGCUACAAUGCAGCAUCAUCUCGCGGUCAUCGAGCCGCGACUCCGGUGUGAUGUUGUGCAGAACAUUGCACCAGCACACGCUAUUUGGACUGUCUCUAUAAAUGGUAAAUGGCUAUUGCUUACAGCUUGGGAUGAAGAGUGUUUGGUAUAUUCGCUUGAGUCUAAUUCAACGCACUUUUUGUCACAGCAUUUACAGCGGACGAUCGCUUGCGGCUCUACACAAGCAGGAGUUAUUCGCGUGACGUCCAAGCGCGCAGAAGUACUGGAUGAGCAUGGUCGGAUUAUGACAACGUUUGCCGAGUGUGACGCCAAUGCUUCCUACGGAGAUGCUAGUAUCCAAGACUCGUACGUCGCAUUAUGGUCCGAAUGUGGCCUCGUUACCGUAUGGCGCUACACUGGAAUAUGGACAUCUUUAUUCAAGGUCCCUUGCACGCACGCAGACAUAUGGAGUCAAAAGGAUGAUGCUGUCUGUGUAUUGGGCGAGGGUAUUCGCGACUGGCUCGUUUGCUAUACAGAUCAUGGGCAGCUCGCAUUGCACUCAUUGCCCGACGGCAAGUGUCGCUGGCAGAGCGAAUCCCUCAGUAUGCUGCCAUCAUGCCUUGAUCCAUUUGACACGCAAGUGCAUGGCACUGAUGUGCGUUUGGCUGUUGCCAGACUUAAGCUCUGCGUGUUAGGAGAUGUCCCUGUGCUUGUUGUGCAAUAUACCCAAGGUCAACUGGUCGUGUAUGAGGCGCGGAUCACAGGCGUGUCUUCUUCCUCUUCUCUCCCUCUGGUAUUUGCGCGAGUGGAUGCGUAUAUGCUUAGUUCGCCGUGUGAUUCAAUUGUACCACUCGAAAACAUGGGCAGCUGCCACCAUUGCAUAGCAGUGGCUGGUUCCCACUCCCUGAUUCUGGUCCGGGACCGCAAAUCACCUGUUCUAUUUCUUGAGACAGAUUUACCUGUGACAUCGUUUGGCUCACACACCAUGAUGUGGACGAGUACAGGAGUCCUAGAUGGGAAUGCGUGUUUACUGGCAUGGAACGAAUUGGCGUUUGACGCCUCCGUUCCAUACCUACGUUGGACCACCGGGCGAACAUACACCCACGUGGCGGUGCAUGAAGAGCUAGCUUGCUUUGUCGCUUCCUCCGAGCAGCCAACGCAAUUCGUUCUAUACAAUGACGAAGAGCAACCUGUUCGUGACCCAAAGCAAGAUCCAACGCGCACCUACGCAGCAUGCGGCGCUUUGGAGCUGCUCGUAAGGGUGGGAGAGCCCCCAGUACAUGGCUACGAAUUUAGUGCAUGUGAAACAGUGUCUGCGUUGCAUAUGGCGCCCAUGGAUUGUCUUGAUCGUGGCUCCGGCCGUCGCACUUUUGUGGUUGUGGGGACAACAGUCACAUAUGGAGAAGACCGUUCCUCAAAAGGGCACAUGUACGUGUUCGAUGUGGUCGAGUGUGUGCCGUCAGAAGGCAUGGCAGCUUCAGAUGCUUUGCGCCUUCAGCUCUUGUGCACAGAGGAAAUGCGAGCGCCUGUAACAGCACUUCAUGAUUUAAACGGCUUUCUCGUCGCAGCUGUAGGUCAAAAAUUGCUAAUCCGCUCUUGGGAAUACUGUGAAUGGCUCGUUACUGUGGCAUUUCUCGAUAUGGGCAUGUACACAACGAGCAUUCAGCGUGUCAAAAAUUUCUUACUUCUCACAGAUUACUACCAGAGUGCGUAUUUCGUCGCAUUCCAAGAAGACCCAGCACGCCUUGUCUUGCUCGGUCGAGACUAUAUUCCUACGUCCGUGACGUGCGGCGCCUUCUUGAUUGAUCGUGCAAGACUCUCUAUCGUUACGUGUGACAUGAAUGGCUGUUUACGCUUGAUGGACUAUCACCCAUCAAAUCCUACUAGUUUGGGUGGUCAACGUUUACUCGCCCGGUGUGAAUAUCACGCACCAGGCGAAGUCGUCCGCGCCCGCAUGUUGCACGGACCUUACCUUGCAACGUCAGGGGAAUGCCUUACGUCAGAAAUCGUGUUGGCCAAGCGCAAUGGCGCCGUUGAUGUACUUGUGCCGGUUACGGAAAAAAUCUUCCCUACUCUUCAGCUAUUUCAAAGCCAGCUUGUGCGUAUGGUACGACACACGGCAGGUUUGAAUCCGCGUGGAUUCCGGGCUGUAUUCAACCAGCACAUAUCGCGCCCAUUAGCGAAAGGUAUCUUGGAUGGCACCUUAUUACACACGGCGGAGAGCAUGUCUCGACCAAAGCUCACAAGUCUUGUGCGUGACCUUAGCACACGUACGGGCGGCGUCAUUGCAGACGACUUACUUCGCUGUCUUGUGCAUUUACAGUCUCAUUGGUAG